CCCAACGUACGCUUCAGAGAAAUACGCGACCAGAGGCAAAGUAACGUUUUGGUUCCCUCGUUCACUCUUCCAAGAGUUACUUCAAACGGUGUUUUGAAAGAAUGAACUAUUUCUUGGCAUCCAUUUGAAAGGACCGUACGCGAGCAAACCGUCCCUUUUUAGGCACAGUAAGCUGAUAUUCAGUGACUUAACUCGCACUUGGAAUCAGCACACGAAAAAAAAUGAUGACCACUAGGGAUAAAUGGAGGGUUUACAAGCGGGUGUGUGUCAUGUUCUUUCUGGCUGUGGUGAUGUUGAUGAUGGUUCAGAGAGGGGUUCCCUUCCAAAUUGAGAGGCAGAGUCGUAUGGAGGCCUCCUCCAAGGGAGGGGAGGACAGGGCCCACCAGCAGAAUAAGGGCAAGCCCAAACAAGCCGAGCCUACAGCCGCCGACACUGACACCACCGAGGAGCCCAGCAUCACCCAGAAGCGAGCUGGCUCCCGGACCUGGGACGUGUCCAGUGCGAACUGCAGUGCCAACCUCAACUUCACCAACCAGGACUGGUUCAGCGGCCUGGAGAAAAACUUCAAACAGUUCCUUCUCUACCGCCACUGCCGCUUCUUCCCCAUGCUCAUGAACCAUCCGGAGAAGUGCUCCGGGGAGACCUACCUGCUCAUGGUCAUCAAGUCCAUCGCCACGCAGCACGACCGCCGCGAGGUGAUCCGCAAGACGUGGGGCAAGGAGCAGGUUGUUGACGGCAAGAAGGUGAAGACGGUCUUCUUGCUGGGGACGCCGUCCAAUGAGGCUGAGAAGGCCAACCACCAGAAGCUCCUGGAGUACGAGGACUACAUCUACCGAGAUAUCCUCCAAUGGGACUUCCAGGACAGCUUCUUCAACCUGACCCUCAAAGAAACCCACUUCCUCAAGUGGUUCUCCGCCUACUGUGCCGACGUGCGCUAUGUCUUCAAGGGCGACGACGACGUCUUCGUCAGCGUGGAGAACAUCUUUGAGUAUCUGGAGGCCAGCGCUCAGGUCAAGAACCUCUUCGUCGGUGACGUGCUCUUCAAGGCCAAGCCCAUUCGCAGGAAGGAGAACAAGUACUACAUCCCACAACCACUUUACAACAAGACCCACUACCCUCCAUACGCCGGAGGAGGUGGGUUCCUCAUGGACGCACCCCUGGCCAGGAAGCUCUACCGGGCCUCAGACUCUCUGGAGCUCUACCCCAUCGAUGACGUGUUCCUGGGCAUGUGUCUGGAGGUGCUGCAGGUCACGCCCAUCAAUCACAAUGCUUUUAAGACGUUUGGCCUGGUCAAGAACAAGAAAAGCAAGCUCAACCAAGAACCUUGUUUCUUUAAGAGCAUGAUCGUGGUCCACAAGCUGCUACCACCAGACCUCAUGCACAUGUGGAACCUGGUGAACAGUAAUCUCAUCUGCUCGCAGAAAAUGGAGAUCUUAUAGCCUGGUGGGAAUUGGGAACACUUAGUUAGGCGAGGGGACAAGAGUUGAAAUGUGUGAGCGGGGCCGGAGGCAGAUAUCCUAUUCUUGUUAUCCUUUUUUCAGAGAAGGACCAGACAAUAUUUGAUUUAGUACAUUUUAGCAGACACUCUUCUCCAGAGCAAUUAGGGUUAAGUGCCUUGCUCACAUAUUUUUCACCUAGUCGGCUCGGGGAGUUGAACCAGCAACCUUUUGGUUACUGGCCCAACGCUCUUAACCGCUAGGCUACUUGCCUCUACUGCAUCACAGUGGAGUGGACUCCUCCAUUGGCGGAAGUAAAUGAUCUGGUGAUGUUUUUUAUAUUCUGGUGGCAUUUUGAAUGACUCUCAAUGUCAGCAGGCACAUUCAGAGAUGCCAAACCAAGGGGCUUGAGGUACUGGAAGACAGUGCUGCAAAGAGGACAGCGAGCUGCCUCACAUUGUCACGCAUCCCUUUGACUGUGUACUGAAUGUCCAACACCUUGUUCAUUUGGACCAGGCUUUACGAUACUGUAGUAACAUGGACCUCAUAAAAACAGCAAGAAACAAAGUGUCUCUACCUCACCAAUGUAGUUUAAAGUUCUCUUGUCAUAUGUGAAGUCAUUUGAAUAAUAUUUCUUUCUAAAUGAUGUAGUUAUUCGUCAAGACACAAAUGUCUUGUAAGCAUAUUUGACCAUGUUAAUAGUAAAAAGAAAAUAAUUGUAUUUUUUAAAUUUUUAUUACAUCUGACCCUGCAGUCCAAUGUAGAGAGAUACCCUUUGUUAUGGGUCACUGAACUUCAAUGAGAUUGUUCCGUUUUCAGAAAGAGCUUCCGGAAACAAAAAAAGUCGUCCAAACUAACUUGUGUAUACUGUAUGUGUCAACGGAUUUGAAUGUGCUGAUAUACUUGACAUGAAUUGGGUUGAUGGUUUACAUUGAAACUGUGAAACAAAUCAACUACUGCUGGUACAUGUAUCACAUGAUGUUCAUUUAAUAACCCCACAGACAAGGAGGGUGUUUGAUGUGAUUAUGUGUGGAUGAUGUACAUAAAUGUAAAAAAAUCACGUUUGUAAAUAAACUUCAAAAAUUCAUA